AUGGCACCAUUAACUGCGGCGGAAAAACAACGACGUUACAAGGAGAAACUGAAAAGGGAUCCUGAAAAAUAUGAAGAGUAUAAAAGAAAGAAGAGAGAGAACUAUCAUGCAAAGAAAAGAUUAGUUAAAGCUUUGACACCCAAGGAGCAUUACAACGCAAAAGUCAUAUGGAAACUGAAGAAGAGAAAUCUAAGACAAAAACGGCAGGUCCUCAACCGCAUCCUGGAUAACACGCCACCAAGUUCUCCCUUACACGUGCAAGAGAAUAUACCACAGCCGGUAAACCUACAAGACAACAUCUGCAUCCGAGACAUGCAAGAAAACAUACCACCAUUGGCACCAUUAGACAUGCAAGCAAUAAAAAGAGGACGUAAAAAAGUAAAUAGGGACCGAACGAAGUUGUAUCGGGAUAAUUUAAGGCUAAAAAAAGAAAAUAAAAACUUGAAACGGUUAGCUGAAAAAUAUAGAAAACGUCCUAAAACCUAUUACCCAAUCGCGAACAAGAAUGCAAAUGUUAGAGAUUCUAACUGCUCUAUUGAUAAUCUCAGAGAAGGGGAUAUGCCUGAACCCGAAUCUGAUGAUGAUUUGCCAUUAAGCCUGAUAGUAAACAGCGCAGCAUCAACAUUAGAAGAUAUAGAUAUUACCGAUUUAUGCGGACCUCGUAGCUCUACGUUUUAUGAUGCCAUUUAUGACGAUGAAGAGCAACCGUCAACUUCAACAAGGGGGCAACAAAAUAAAGAAGACCGACCAACUGAUUAG